AUGGCGAAAUACUAUCCAGACAUCGCGAAAGGCGCUAAAGAUUUAUUCACCGGCGCUUUGUCCUACGAAAACAAAUUCUCCUUGGACGCGAAACCAAUCUCCGGCGGGUCAAUCUCGGCUUCGAUCAAAAACGCGGACACUCCGACGGGCACGUUGACGACCUCGUACGUCGUGGACGCGAUCACCGGCGAGGUGGAGCUCUCGAAAUCUGGCUUCUCGAAAGGGACGGUGAAGUACAACGCGAAGGAUUCGACGACGCAAGCGACGGUUUCUUCUUUGAGCAACCCGUUGGAUGGCUUGAAGUUGUCCAACUCGACGUUGAUUGGCCAAGUUGGCGUGAAGAGUGAAAUCACGAAGCAAUUGAAAGGAACGUUGUCCGCGUGCUACGUUUCCGGUCCGGGGGCCAUGGGGGUUGAGACGGCGAUUUCGAAAGCUGGCGGUAUCGGCGCGACGUCGUUUGCCGCGCAGUGCAAGGUUGGCGAUGUUAUGUACUCCGCGAAGACGACGAUGAAAUUGGACGCGUAUCAAGUUGCGGCGGUGAACGGUGUUGGCGCUGGGGAGACGGUUGGUGUCGCCGUCGAUGGGAAGGCUGGGGGCGACGUCAAGGCGUCUUUGGCGUACGCGAAGAAGCUUGGCGGCGGGCACUCGGUGAAGUGCGUGGUGGUGAACCCGGUGAAGAAGAGCUUUGACCCGGUCGUUUCCGCGAACUUUGUCACUUCGGUCUUGCCGAAGACGACGACGACGGUUGCGGUGCAAGUAGAUAAAGCGUUAAAAUAUAAGUACGGCGUACAGCUCGCGACCAAGGCGUAA